GGGCUCAAGGGCUGUCCCACCACUCUGAGCUUGGGGUCUUGAGGGGCGGCGACCCCUGCCAGGCUCCCCUGGGGUUCAGAGGGAGGGGGGAUCCCAGGAGGGUUCCGAGCUCAGACAGGAGUCUCUCUGUCUCUGUCUCUCUCUCUCAGUCUGUCUUUUUGUCUCUUUCUCUCUCCCUCUCCCUCCCUCUGUCUCUCUCAGUCUGUCUCUCUCUCUCUCUCUCUCUCUCUCACACACACACACACACACACACAUCCAUGGGGAGUCACCCCCACCCUGGGUUCCAGAGAACCACAUCCGCUGGGUACCGGCUCCCCUCCACCAGGCCGUCCGCCUUACACACCCCCACUGCCCGGAGUGGCCCCGCAGUGGGCAGGGGUCUCGCUGGCGGUCGCCAAGCCCCCCAGGCCCCCGGAACUGAUGGUGUGCAGCAGGAUCAACUGUGGAGGGAGCUCCUGGAGGCCGAGAGACGGGGCCAGCGGCGCUGGGCUCAGAACUGGAGUUUCUUGAAAGACUAUGAUCCCCUGGGCGAGAAGAAGGCGCCUGUGACGUUGCCGGAGAACGUGCCUUUCUUUUCCGACGCAGUCCCCAGUUCCACGAACCAGGUUGUGGGCAGCAGGGUGGACACGCCCCUGGGGCAAACCCUCAUCGGCAUGGACUUCUUCUUCGUGGAGGGGGUCCGGAAGAAGAAGCUGGAAGCCGAGCUGCAGCCCGUGUAAGGAGGAGGAGGGCCAGGGCCGGCGGGCCUGCCCCCAGGUGGGUGUGCGAGUGGCGCGGGGUGGCCGCGGCCCGGGUCAACCGCCCACGCGUGUCAACCGGCCCCGCCUUCCCUCCCGCGCGGCCCUUCCGAGUGCCGCACUGGCCCAUUUUCACACACGAGAUCAGAAGGACUCCAGGGACCCGCCCAGGGUCAUAGAGCAGGCGGCGGUUGGGACUCCCUCGCGAGGCCGGUGACGGGCCCUGUGUGGCGUUGAACAGGUUGUUCGAACCCUCCGUGCCUCCAUUUCCCCACCUGUAGCCCGGUGCGUUUGUUUCCCCUUAACGAAUGGCCACCCAGCGAGUGACAGAAAACAGCACAUAUGUAUGAUCUCGCCGCGCUGGGCGUGCCCGGGCCUGGUUUGUUUCUGGAGGCCAAAGGCCUCUUGCGGGUAGGGUAACAUAUCCGAGGGCCCCAGGGAUUAAGACAUGGGCGCCACCGGUGGGCCAGGUUUUCUGCCACCACACACAGAGGUAAUAAAAGUACUGAUUUUAUAAGGUUGAAAUGAGCUUCCGAUGGCCUGAGGGUGUGUUUGCGGAGGACGCCCCUCUUUCGGGAGGGAGAGUAGCAUCCCAGCGAACCAUCCAGGGAAGAUGCGGGUCCCCACACAGGGGCCGCGGAGAGGUCAGCUCCCGGGUCAG